AUGGAGUGGCCUGCCCGUUCCCCCGACUUGAAUCCUAUCGAGCACGUGUGGGAUGCACUGGGUAGAGGUAUUGCAGCACGUCCAAAUGCACCACUGGACAUCCAGCAAUUGUCAAUUGCGCUGGUAGAGGGUGGAAUGCCCUACCACAAUAACUCAUUUCCAGCCUCGUGGAAAGUAUGGGAUCGCGCUGCAGAGCAUUUACUGCUGUUGUGCGACAAUCGGGACUCUUCUCGGGAGCCGUUCGUGUACUCGCUGGACACAUCACUUUCAGAAGUGCUCGAAAGACCGCAUAUUUGCUGCGAAAGAACACCGAUUGGAUGGAAUGAGGAUCAAUUUAUUGAGCAAGACAACAUUCUGGACAUACUCAAGCAGGUGUAUUGCCGUUCCAUCACCCACUUUGCCGAUUUCGUUGCUGUUAGCCCAGAGUUGAAUCUUCUGGAAGAGAAAGAUCGGGUAACAAAUACUCUCAGUGCCGUUAGAAAGUUGAAGUUGUUCAUUUUGCUUUCCGUCUGCAGUACAAAUUAUUGUGGCGUUGUUCUACUAAUGAUGGUCUAUAAUGCAUAUCUAAGCAACUGCGAAGGGAUUCUUUUUCCACACGGAUUUAGAUACUCACUAUCUCAAAAAAGAGAUGAUCAUGAGUUCAACGAGUUCCUUCAAGAACUGGUGGAAUAUCUUCACACAAAUGUCGCCACAGUUUUCCAGGAAAUUCAAAUCACUGCUGAAGAAUACGCACUACUGAAAACUAUCGUGAUUUUCUCUGGAGUGAUUAACUUGACGGACGUUGGUUCGAGCAUCGUGCUCAGAGCACGAAGAAAGUACUCAGCCCUGCUGUCCGAGUACGUGGUAGCAACUCGACCUGAUCUCAGCCCUUCGGAGCAGAUGAUGCGGCUCACUCGACUGUUCGGUGUUAUUCCGUACAUAAUGCUUGUCACAAAUGCUUACAACUUAGGACUCUGA